CAUUCCCUGAAGAUCUAUGACAUCAGCCACAGCUUCGGUGGGGUGGCAGUGGCCACCAGCUCCUUGGCCAUGCCACGUGGGCGCCGCUGGUCUGCUCCGAGUCCCCGAGCCGUGCCUCUGCAGCCCUGCCCUUUCCACAGGGACGCUGCCGGCCACACACCGGUCACGCUGCAGAGUUUUGGAAGCAGGGAAGCCCGUCAGGGUGCAGAGGGACAAUGGAGCACGCGAGCUGCGCAGCCUGGAAGCUGGCACUGGGGAGCAGGGGGGGCCUCCUCGGCGGUACAAAGUCCGUAGCAGCAAAUGGGUCAAGGCAGGAAAAUAAAUCACCGCGCGGAUCAUAAAAAGUCAUCAAAACGGCAACCUGGGGUGAACCGAUGGAGGGAAGGGCGCGGACGCUCGGAAAAUGAGAGUUUUCCUUGCUUGGGCUCCAUUCCCUCGCCUCCUCCGGAGCGGGGCGGGACGGCUGGAGUGGGGCUGGAGAGGGUUGCAGAACCCAGGGACCGGAAAGCUGGGAAAGAGCAGCUCAUGUCCCUGCCCAGCCUCGCAUGGCCCCAGCAAGACGAGCCUCCUCCCUGCGGCACCGCCACCAGCCUCCCACCAGCCUCAUCUGACAGCGAUUCCGGCUGUGCCCUGGAAGAGUAUCCGGAGCCCCCCGUGGACCCCGUGCUCCCCGAGGUCCCAGUGUGCUUCAGCACCCGCUCGCCACAGCCUGCCUCUCCCGAUGACAGGAUCCGUCUCCGCGCCAGAGCCCUCCUGCAGCAGCUGCCUCCUCAGGACUGUGAUGAGCGUUACUGCCUGGACCUUGAGGAGGAGGAGAGGAGGCAGCUACGAGCGUUCAGUGCCCGACGGAGACGGGAAGCCCUGGGACAGGGGUUGGCGUGUCCCGUGCCAGGUCCUUGCCAUGGCUGUCCUUGCAAGAAGUGCGGCAGGAGGCUGAACAAAGGGGACCCAGGGAUUUCGGCAUCUCGGCUUGGAGACCAGUUCUGGCACCCAUCCUGCUUCUCCUGCCACUUCUGCCACCAGCCCCUGGUGGACCUCAUCUACUUCCAGCAGGAUGGGAGGAUCUACUGCGGUCGGCACCACGCUGAGCUCUUCCGACCCCGCUGUGCUUCCUGUGACCAGCUCAUCUUCAUGGAGGAGUGCAUCGAGGCGGAGGGCCAACGCUGGCACCUGGAGCACUUCUGCUGCCUGGAGUGCGACGUGCCCCUGCGCGGCCAGCGCUAUGUGAUGAAGAGUGGACGGCCCUGCUGCCGCACCUGCUUCGAAAACUUCUUUGCCGAGCCAUGCCAGGCCUGCGGGGACCCCAUCGGUGCCGACAGCGAGGAGGCCACCCACCAAGGGCUGCAUUGGCACGCCCGCGCCGCCUGCUUCUGCUGCAGCCUCUGCCGAAAGCCACUGCGCGGGCAGCCCUUCAUCGCCCACCACGGCCGGCUCUUCUGCUCCGAAACUUGCAGCCUGGGACAGGAUGCAUCCUCCACCACCUCCGACUCGUCCGACUCUGCUUUUGCCUCAGCGCCAUCCCCUGACUCGACACCCCUCUCUCGAGCUGGCUCUGCCGGCAGGACCACGCCAGGGAUGGGCAGCACCUCGGUGCCUGGAGGCUGCAGGCAGCGGGUGGAAGGGGCUGAGGCGUUUCUGGAUCAGGCCUCCCUGCACCCAGCAUUCAGGAGCCCAGAAGACUGCGGAGCGACCGCCAAGGAGCAGAGCGAGGAUGCUGUGCACGCAGGGAUGUUGGGACCACUGGCCAGACACUCUUCCAGCCCCCAGCCCAGCCCCGAGGGUCCCAGUGGACCCAGAGCCCCCAGCCACCCAGUUUUGGGGGGCCCUGACCCCCGAGAACCCACAGGCCAUGGAGACCCACGCUUUCAAGCGGCCACAUCCCCUGCCCAAUACAGCCCACAGCCAGAGGACAUCGACCUGCAGGACAUCACAGAGGAAGAUGACUCCUGGUGUCCCACCUGCUCUUCAUCUUCAGACUCGGACUCGGAGGAAGAGGGUUUCUUCUUUGGGAAGCCCAUCCCCAAGCCUGGGAUGAGUUCCCUGGGCAGGGAACCCCUGGGUAAGGCUGGGAGCAAGAUGGCAAAGCCGCGGGGCAGCAGCAAGCACUGCAGCGUGUCCUAGCAGCACAGACAGGCGGUCCUCGACCAGCGCCGCUGGGUGCUGCCAGCCCCUUCUGUGGUCUAAAGACGUUCCAAGAGCAUUUUGGAUGCAGCCCAAGGCUGGUGGGGAGAAGCCACUGGGAUCCUUCCUCCUGGCAGCUGCUGGCAAAGCACAGCCUGCAAUUCCUGCCGGCCUCUCCCUCAAUUAGGAACAGGUAAAGCAGGUAGGGAGCCGGCAGCCUACACCAGGGCAUGGUCUCCAACUCCCAUCUCCGACAAGACGGCAGCCCUGGAGAGCAGCCGCGCGUAAGAGGAGGGCAGUGGGUGCUUCAGACAAGGGCGGCUGCCUGCAUCGCCCCGCUGUGGGGACCGAUGGGGACAGGAAGGGUGCUGGCUGCCAGGGCCAAAUCCUUCCCUGGGACACCUCUUUGAAGGAUAAGCACUAUUACCAGCUGCUUCUCCAUCCCUGGUGGCACCCUGUCCCCCUGCCACCACAGUCAGGGGAUGGGAGGGGAGCAGGGGGGG